AUGAAUAAAGAAAUUGAUACACUUAAAUUUGGCCUGGAAAAAGUAUAUAGUAUUGCAGAAUUAGAAGAGUUAUUAAAAACAUUUGAUAGUACAAAUAUUUGCAAUGGAUUUAAAGUAGAUGACGAUAUUCUAAGUCAAAAAACCUUCAUUGACUUGGCUAGUACACAAAAACACUUCAUGUGCCAAUAUAUUUUGGAAGGUUCUAAAAAGUGUGAACAUUGUACACGUGCUGAACGAAGUCUUAAUCGCCAAAAACUUAUAUUUAAGAAAGAAUAUUAUUUUAAUUUUUGA